AUGGUAUUCGUCAUAUCUAUAAUACUUGUAAAUGCUCUGUAUAUAAAUAACAUUGAAGCCGUGGACUUACAUAUCGGUGUCAUUUUACCAUUUAAAGGGAAAUUUCCAUGGGUUUUAAAAAGGACUAAGCCAGCAAUAGAAUUUGCUAUUAAUCAUUCCAUUCCGUCGACUUUUAAUGUGAUAAUUAAUUAUAGAGAUUCUGAAUGUUCGGACACUGAAGGGCCUUUGGCAGCCAUUGAUUUGUACGUUCAGAAAAGGGCCCAUGUGUUUAUAGGACCUGCAUGUGAUUAUGCUGUUGCCCCGAUUGCCAGGUUUUCGUUACGCUGGGGGAUUCCAGUUUUAAGUGCCGGCGCUCUGGUCAGUGCUUUUUCUGAUAAAAGUGAAUACAGUUUGUUGACUAGGGUACAGGGUUCAUACGCUAAAGCAGGUGGAUGCUUUGUCAAACUUUGUGCAGAUUUCAACUUCAGAUCAAUCGGAUUGAUCUACCAUGAUUUUCGGAAUCGACCAAAUGGUAUUAAUUCAAAUUGUCAUUUUACAAUGGAAGCAAUUUUCUUGGCGGUUAGAUCCGCUUAUAAAGAUCCCUGGUAUAAAUCUUUUGAUCAAACAUCGAAAAAUAAUGAUUUUUCUGCAUUACUGCAAGCAGCAUCAAUGCAUACAAGAGUGGUGGUAUUAUGUGCUGCACCAGAAUCUGUUCGAGAAAUCAUGAUUAAAGCUCACGAAUUAAAUUUCGAUAAUGGAGAAUAUGUAUUCUUUAAUAUUGACCUGUUUAGCAGUAAAAAUGCCAGUCAGACGCCAUGGUAUAAGGCAGAUGAUACACCAGAAAGAAACGAAGCAGCUAGAUUGGCGUAUGAUGCAUUAAUGACCGUCACGCUUAGAAAACCAACAUCUCCAGAAUACAAAACUUUUUCAGAAGAAGUGAAACGAAAGGCAAAGGAACUGUACCCAAAUUUUACGUAUGGCGAAGAAGAGGUAAACAGCUUCGUUGGUGCGUUUCACGAUGCAGUUAUAUUGUAUGCUACAGCUUUAAAUGAAACACUGGAAGCCAAUGGAUCUAUAUCUGAUGGUGCUGCCAUUACCAAACGCAUGUGGAACAGAACAUUUGAAGGAAUUACUGGGACUGUCAGUAUUGAUGCUAAUGGUGACAGGAAUGCAGAUUAUUCCCUGCUUGAUCUCAAUCCUGAAAACGAUAAGUUUGAAGUUGUUGCUAAUUAUUUUGGUAAUAAGAAACAAUAUGAAAAGGUGAAAGGUAAAGAGAUACAUUGGGCUGGAGGAAGAACUGAACCACCUCCCGAUGUACCUGUCUGUGGCUUUGAUGGAUCUUUAUGUCCACCAGAAGAACCAUUUCCAGAAUAUGGUAUAGUGAUAAUAGUAUUGGGCUCAAUAUUAGUAAUAGUUUUAGUAACUGUCUUUUUUAUCUAUAGACAUAUAAAGCUUGAGGCGGAAUUGGCAGAAAUGAAUUGGCGUGUCAAGUGGGACGACAUUCUCUUUGGUUCACCUGAAAAGAAUCACAAGUUGGAGCGACAAGGAAGUCGGAUAAGUUUAAAUCGGAAAUAUUCAUAUGCCAGUUCGUGCUCAGGAGACACAAUUGCUGUUCAUCUAAAUGAUGCUGGUAACAGACAAUUAUUCACAAAAACAGGGUACUAUAAGGGAGCUAUAGUAGCUGUGAAACCAAUUCAAAGAACCAAUAUAACCAUAACUAAACCAUUAUUAAUAGAAAUUAAAAGAAUGAAAGAUUUACAGAAUGAUCAUAUCGUCAGACUAUCUGGAGCGUGUAUUGAUCCUCCACAUUGCUGUACAUUAACAGAAUAUUGCCCCAAAGGAAGUUUACAGGAUGUGUUAGAAAAUGACCAAAUUAAAUUAGAUUGGAUGUUUAGAUAUUCUAUAAUGCAAGAUAUUCUUAGGGGCUUAUCCUAUCUUCAUACUAGUGAAAUACGUGUUCAUGGGAAUUUAAAAAGUACUAAUUGUGUAGUGGAUAGUAGAUUUGUUGUAAAAAUAACCGAUUUUGGCCUAAGAUAUUUUCGAGAGGUUGAAAAAGAAGAAGAAGACGAAUCUUAUGCCUUUUAUAACAAAAAAUUGUGGACAGCUCCUGAGAUAUUGAGAAUAUCUACAAAAAAUCCCUGUGGUACACAGAAAGGCGACAUUUACAGCUUUUCUAUCAUUUGUCAAGAAAUUGUUUAUAGAAAUGGUGUAUUUUAUUUACAUAAUUUAGAUCUUAGUCCCAAAGAAAUUUAUGUCAAAGUUAGAAAUGGUUUGAGACCAUAUUUCCGACCCACAUUAGAUGACUAUGAUUGUCCUAGUGAUGAGUUAGCUAAUAUAAUUAGAAGAUGUUGGGCGGAAGAUCCAGCAGAAAGACCUGAUUGUCAAGCCUUAAAGUCACUUAUAAGAAAACUAAAUAGAGACGGAGAUAAAGGGAAUAUUUUAGAUAAUUUAUUGUCCCGAAUGGAACAAUACGCUAAUAAUUUAGAAGCUUUAGUUGAAGAAAGAACAGCUGAUUAUCUGGAAGAAAAGAAAAAAGCUGAAAAUCUUCUAUAUCUUAUGUUACCAAAGCCGGUUGCUGGUCAACUGAUUCGUGGUGAAUCGGUAGCAGCUGAAACUUUUGACCAAGUUACCAUAUAUUUUAGUGAUAUUUGUGGGUUUACUGCUCUUUCGGCAGAAAGUACACCAAUGCAGGUUGUGAAUUUGUUAAAUGAUCUUUACACAACGUUUGAUUCUAUCAUAGAAAACUUUGAUGUUUAUAAGGUUGAAACAAUAGGUGACGCUUACAUGGUAGUGUCUGGACUUCCAGUUAGAAAUGGGAACUUACAUGCUCGGGAAAUAUCUCGUAUGUCGUUAGCGUUAUUAGACGCUGUUUUAUCAUUCCGUAUUAAACACAGACCAGAUGAACAACUGAAAUUACGUAUUGGCUUACAUACAGGGUUCGUGGUGGCUGGUGUUGUUGGGUUAAAAAUGCCUCGAUACUGCUUAUUUGGUGAUACAGUUAAUACAGCUUCUAGGAUGGAGUCCAAUGGAUUACCAUUAAAAAUUCACAUGAGUACACAAACCAAAGAAACCCUUGAUAAUUUUGGCACAUUUGAAGUGGAAUUGAGAGGCCAAAUAGAUAUGAAGGGAAAGGGUACACAGACCACAUAUUGGCUGUUAGGAGAAAAACAAAGCAACGAUAACACGGCUGGUAAUCUUGGUAUCUUAUGACCCAAUAAAUCCAAAGAACAAUUAUCAUUGUAAUGAUAUUCAAGUGGAAUGCAAACUCUGAUGAAGACAAACUUGGAGUGGAAGAUAUUGAAGUGCUAUUGACUUAUUCACUAAUUAAUAUACGCAACCUAUAUUGUCUUGGAUUUAUAAUAGUGAACCACUUAUGGCAUGUACUUUAUCUUAUGG